GUACUUAAUACUUAAAUAAAUUACCUAUUCUAGCUUGCGCUAAUGUCUAGGUGGCGGAGACAGGUCUAGAAACGUCGAAGAUGGCCAGGGACCCGCAAGGAUCGAAUUGCUGGCAAGGCGCUAGAUUUGAAAGAAUCUAGAGAUUGGGCACCCACUACCAGGUAACAGGUUCCAUACCCUACGAAUACAAGAUUCAAACCAACGCCACAAAGCCAUAGCUAUUUAUUGGAAAUGGAUCGGUAUGGAUAGCAAUAUGCAUAUGAGGCGCGUGUUAUGAAGCAGGUUAACAAAAAAGACCGAACUAACAAACAGUUCUUCACACCUCGUCUAUUCCCCCGUGAAACACCUGGAAAUGGAGCCCACAGACCACGAUAAUCGAAACGAAGUGCAAUACCCUGCUCUGCCAAGCGAUAACCUGUACGAAAACAUCUACGAGAACAGUCCAGCAGAUAAUACGCUAGAAGAGACGAAGCAAACAACUCAACAAGAGAGCGAGGCUAGUUUCUGGCAGGUGAACAAUUACAAGCGGACAGUGCGACGAGUGGAUGAUGGAGCGAAACUCUGUGAUGACUUUAUGAAGAUGGUCAGCGAGAGAGCAGAAAUCGAAGCACUUUACGCCGCUAAAUUACAAGCUUGGUCCAGAAAAUGGCUUGAUCUGCUAAACAAGGGACCUGAAUAUGGGUCUUGCAAAGACUCAUGGGUACACGUGACAUCUGAGGCGGAACAAGUGGCACAGGUUCACAUCAAUCUACAAAGCACCCUACUGUCACGUGUGCAUGAGAGUGUUGCCGCCUGGAAAGGUGCUAACUACCACAAGUCAAUUUUGAGCUGGAAAGAGACUAAGAAUGCAGAGGAAGGCUUUAGCAAGGCUCAGAGGCCAUGGGCGAAAAGAUAUGAUGAUGUUCUAAAGUCUAAGAAGGCCUACUAUGCAGCAUGCAGAGCAAGAGAUCAGGCCGAGAAACUCUACAACUCAUCAGAUCCAAACACAAUAAAAGAAGAUCAGAUAAAAAAGACAAAGGAGAAACUGAUGAAGAGCGAAAGGGAAGUGUCCACAACACAAGACAAGUACAAGGAAGCUGUGAGAGACAUUACUAACUAUAACCCCAAGUACAAGGAAGACAUGUGCUUUGUGUUUGAUAAACUGCAGGCGUUUGAAGGAGAGAGAAAGGCAUUCUUCAAACAAACAAUGCAGGGGCUUUGUAAUGCACUAAAUGUACAGCAGUACUUUGAAAGGUUUACCCAGAUUUAUAAUGAGUUGUCCAACAAGUUUGAGAAGACAGAGCCAACAGCAGACCUUGGAUGGUGGGCAUCCACCUACGGCACAGACAUGCCAAUCAAAUGGCCAGAAUAUGAGGAUUACGUCGCGUUUAGUGACUUGGGGCAGGAAACUGAUGCACAAACUGUCAGCGAGUCAUCUAAGACGAAAAGUGUUGUUUGUACUACACUGUGAUUGCUACCCGCUAUCUAAACUGGCAAGAAGGCCGCAGCGUGUAGGGGAAUGUCGUCUGCUACGCACCACGCACGGCACAGGCAAAUACAGUUGUUUUAGAGUUGACAGCUCGACCUGUAAAACCGUAAACACCACAAAUGUGUGGAAGGGGUUGACGUAAAGAGAAAAAAGCAUUAUUCUUGGCCCACUUCCCUCGUUAUCAAAUCCGCAACAUUUGUACAUAACGUUCUGAGUCAGAUGCGAGAGUGGUAGUUAACCCAAUCACUUUUUACCCUUUUGUCUUGUUAUCCGCAAAACAGACUAUCGCUUUCGUAUAGCAAUCCAAAAAUAUUUUUUAUUGAGCUCGAUUUUUUUAACGCAUCCUUACGGCACAACAACGAGGAUUAUUAUUCGUAUAGGUACAAAUUGUUCAAUUGUAUUAUCUAUACUUUACUGCGUUUUCUAAUAAGCGAACUCUUGCAAAUAAUUUCCAACUGCUAAACCGCUUUCUGGCUUCUAUCAUUCAAACUAACGGAGUUACAUCUGGUGGUAUUUGAUUGGUCAGCGCCUCGCGGAGAAGUGUCGUGACUGGAAACCAUUUCAGUGCUGGCCAAUGAAUAUGCUUUAUUCAAAGGUUUUGAAUGAUGGAAGAUAGAAGUCGUUAUCAUCGGCAAGAGUUCGCAAAACAUUGAAAACAGCAGUAACAAAUGUAACAGUAUUUCCCGUGUUUGCACCAGAAAACUUUAAAGUAAGCUAGCCUGAAAAACCCCGUAUAAAUUUUAAUGAUUCUCUUAAUUUAUCACCGUAGAAUCGCAGAGUUUUAACCAUUAGCGUGGCCAACGGUAGUCUGCUAGCAGCCGCUUUAAGUGUCACGCACGCCUUCCCCUCUGAGCUUUUUGGGAAGGCGUCCAUGACACUAAAAGCGGCUGCUAAAGACUGGGCCAACAGGGAACCAACUGAAAACUUACUGCGCGUACAAGAUGCGCAAGUCAUGCCGCUGACCGAAAAGGCGACUUUCACUAACAUGUAACGUGACUUGUUGUGUGGUAAACUCGCGCGAUCAGGCUUUUAGCGGCAAAAUACCAACAGAAAGCAACUUAUUUGGCGCUUACGAAUAAGCCAGAAAGUUUCUUUGCCAGAAGGAACUUAUUUUCAUUGAUAUUUUGUUCAUAGUUCUCUGGAGUGACGGGCGCAGUGUGUUAAUUUUGGUUUGAAUUUGACAUUCAGGAAGCCACAUGAUAGCCUUGUCGCCUAUUUGCUGUGAAUACAAUUGACCGCUUUAGUGUACUUGACAGGCCGAUGCGAUGUCACCUUUUUGAUAAAAAAAAAAACAUGGAAAAAGUUUUAUUGACUCGAAAAAAUAUAAUUUAUUAAUCAAUUAUUUAUCAUCAUCAUCUUAUCUAUUGAAAUCUUCCUGCACUAGACAUUUAUAACCCACGUGGCCGGCCACGGUGGGCUUUUGUAACUUUUUGAAAAAGUGUGAUAUAAAAAUAUAUUGAAACCGCG